AUGGCCGCAGAACGAGACCGCGACGCGGAGAUCGAGGCCAUCAAGGCGAAAAUUUGCGAGAUGAACUCCAAGGUCCAUCGAGCCACGAGUUCGGCCCCCGAAAUAGAUCGUGUCUUGCAGGAGACGCAAAACACACCGUUCACGCACCGAAUCGCCUCCACUCCUUUUUGCCACGUCAGCAAAGUGAAGCUCCCACCAUACGCCGGAGAUACCGAUCCCACACAGUAUCUAACGGCAUUCACCAUUGCCAUGGGACGAGCUCACUUCACGCCCGAGGAGCGCGAGGCCGGACACUGCCAACUCUUCGUGGAAAACCUGGUCGGCCCCGCCCUGACUUGGUUCUCCAGGCUGGAAACGCACUCGAUCGAUAGCAUCAAGGCGCUCUCGACCGCCUUCCUCAAACAUUACUCUAUAUUUAUCCAGCGCUCUGCUUCAACCGCCGAUCUCUGGGCCUUGAGCCAGGGACCGAAAGAAUCUCUCCGGUCGUUCAUUGAGCGAUUCAAAGCGACGACCUCCCGCGCCUCAGUAUCGGACGAUUCCGCCAUCCCGGCCCUGAGGAAAACCCUCCACUUCGACUCGGCCUUCAAGGACGAACUAAAGCUCAAUGCGCCGCACAUUCUGGAAGACGCAUUACACCGCGCCGGGCUACAUAUUGAAAUCGAGGAGGAGAUGGCAAGUCUUAGGAAGCUCGCUUCCCAAAAAAAUCCACCUCAAAAGGAAAAAGCUCAGGACGAAUACCACGAACCCCGCCAGCACUACGACGAGGAAUACCAACGCAGGCAGGCCGCAACUUUUCUCAUCAGCGACGCGCCGACCUCAUGUCCCGUCGAAGAAGCUCCAGCCGUCUUCCACGUAGAUAACCGACCUGGGAUGGUCGUGCCCACCUCAUCGCAGCAGUACUAUCAUCAGCCUCAUCCAUCAAACAAAUGGUAUCGCACCGUCGAGGCGCCGCCCCCAACCCAGGCACCGUCCCCGGCCCAGGUCUUCCAAGAACGAGCCGCCGCUCCCGCCACGAGAGACUACCAGGCGUUCUGCGAGUACCACCAGCUGAAGGGGCACACAAUCGAGCAGUGCCGCAAACUUCAGGAAGCCCUCCUCGCUCAGUACCAGAAGGGGGGAAUUAGAGUCCCCGACCAGCAGCAACCACGCGGCCGAGGUCGAAAUGAUAACCGGCGUCGUCAAGACAACCGAGCUCAGCAAGAUAAUCACCGCCAGCGCUCUCCCUCUCGCGAGAACGACAGAGUCCAGCCCGUCCAACAACUACAACAACAACAACAACAACAACAACAACUACAACAACAGCAACAGCAGGUCGCACCUCGGAGACAGGCGUCCCCACCGCUGGCUCGGACAAUGAUCGGAAUGAUCAUGGGCGGUCUCCUGUCCUGCAACGAUUCGGUUCGCUCGAUCAAAGUCCACGAGUGGAAGUCUGCCCCUACAGAGAUGUGGGUGGCAAAGAUCAGAGCAACCAACGCUCAGGACACAAGUGGUAGGGGAAUAACGUUCUCCGAGGAGGACGCUGAGGGCGUCGACCAACCUCACAACGACCCCCUCGUCAUCCAAAUUCGCGUGGCAGACUGCAACGUAACUCGGGUACUUGUCGACACGGGCAGCUCGGUAGAUCUCAUCUUCAAGGAAGCCCUCGAGAAGAUGGACUUACACGGCGUCGAGAUGAAGCCAACCCACACUCCCUUGACCGGCUUCGCAGGAGAUACAAUCACAUCGAUAGGGACGAUCAAGCUGUCGGUCUACGUAGGUCGGGUAACAAAAAUAGUCAAAUUCACCGUCGUCGACCGGCCAGCCAUAUACAAUAUCAUCCUCGGAACUCCUUGGUUGCAUUCGAUGAAGGCAGUCACCUCGACCUACCACCAGUGCCUCAAGUUCCCAAACCAGGCCGGUACAUUCACAGUCCGGAGCGACCAGAGGAUCUCGCGCUCGUGCUUUAUUAUCGAGCACAAGCUCCGCAACGCCGCCCGUACUCAACUCUGCGCCACGAUAAGCCGCAACGGAGUUCCUGCCUGCAACGUCGUCGGACCCGAGCUCCCGGGGGAACCAAGCCAAGCAGAUCGUCCUCUCCGAGAUCUCAUCGUCCAAGUAAACAUCGAUCCCGAUCACAACGACCGCUGCGUUGGUAUCGGGGCCGACCUGAAAGAAAGCAUCAAGACCGAGCUCAUCGGGUUCCUCAAGCAGAAUGUCUCGAGCUUCGCUUGGUCAACCAGCGACAUGCCCAGCAUCAACCCGGCCAUAUGCAGCCAUGAACUUAAUGUCGACCCGACCUUCCGGCCUAUCAAGCAGAAGAGGCGAAAGUUAGGCGCCGAGCGCGCUCAAGCAAUGAAUGACGAGGUGGAUAGGCAAACGGCAGCCGGGCAAAUCACCGAGCUGAAGUAUCCGGAUUGGCUCGCAAACCCGGUCGUGGUCAAAAAGAAAAACAGCAAAUGGAGAGUCUGUGUGGACUUCACCGACCUCAACAAGGCCUGCCCGAAGGACUGCUUCCCCCUUCCAAGAAUCGACCAGGUCGUCGAGGCGACAGCGGGGAACGAGCUACUCUCUUUCAUGGACGCCUUCUCGGGCUACAAUCAAAUCUUCAUGCACCCUGACGAUAGGGAGAAGACAACAUUCAUCACAGACCGCGGAACCUACUGCUACAAGGUCAUGCCGUUUGGGCUCAAAAACGCCGGAGCCACCUAUCAGUGCCUUGUAAACAAGAUGUUCGCCGACCAGCUCGGAUGCACAAUGGAGGUGUACAUAGACGACAUGCUCGUCAAAUCUAUGGUGGCAGGCGAUCACGUAGGUCACCUAAAAAGGUGCUUCAAAACUCUGAACGAGUACGGCAUGAAGCUCAACCCCGCCAAGUGCACCUUCGGCGUCACCUCGGGAGAAUUUCUCGGCUAUGUAGUCACUCAGCACGAGAUAGAGGCUAACCCGAAGCAAAUCCAGGCCGUCCUCGAAUUGCAGUCACCAAAGAACACUCGCGAAGUCCAGCACCUGACCGGAAGAAUUGCCGCCCUCAACCGAUUUAUCUCGCGUUCCACUGAUAAAUGUGUGCCCUUUUAUCAACUGCUCCGAGGAAACAAAAAGUUCGAAUGGGACGACAAGUGCGAGCUGGCGUUUCAGCAACUCAAGGAAUAUAUCUCGACUCCGCCUGUCCUAGCCAAGCCCGAAGAUGGAGAAACCUUGUAUCUAUACAUCGCCGUGUCCACCUCGGCUGUAAGCGGUGUCCUUGUUCGAGAAGACCGAGGAGAGCAAAAGCCGGUUUUUUACGUCUCUAAAUUCCAGGAUGGAGCCGAGAGCAGGUACCCGACUAUAGAAAAACUGGCGCUAGCCGUCGUAACAGCAGCUCGGAAGCUCCGCUCCUACUUCCAAUCUCACACUGUCGCCGUCCUAACUACACAUCCUCUGCGGACAAUCCUUCACAGCCCGAGUCAGUCGGGAAAGAUGGCGAAGUGGGCGGUAGAACUCAGCGAAUACGACAUCGACUAUCGAGGGCGGACCGCUGCGAAGUCCCAAGUAUUGGCAGACUUCCUCGUCGAACUCGCUCCCGAGCUAACCGGCGAAGCACCCGAUGAGAAAUGGAGCCUUCAUGUCGACGGUUCGGCCUCAAAGCAUGGCUCUGGCGUCGGCAUCCGCUUGGAAUCACCGACCCACGAGGUGCUAGAAGAGUCAUUCCGGUUAGCAUUCCAGGCAUCGAAUAACGAGGCAGAGUACGAGGCCCUGAUAGCCGGCCUGCGACUGGCAAAGGAGAUCGGGGUCAGAAAGAUCCAAACAUACUGCGACUCCCAGCUCGUCGCAAACCAAUUUUCAGUGGCGAACGCCCUAGCCGCUCUGGCCACCACCUCGGACACGACUCAGCGCCGAGUAAUCCCCGUCGAGAGCAUCGAUUCCCCCAGCAUAGAGCUCCCAAAGGGGAUCUGCCUCAUCAACGAUUUCCUCGCCGAUGACCCAAUCGAAGAGAAGGAUGCCCAGGACGGUGAGAACCUGCCACCUCCCCCGCCCGAGCCCGUUAAACCAGAUUGGCGAGCUAACAUCCUGUCGUAUAUCAUCAGCGGGACGGUCCCUGACGACCGCUGGACGGCUCGGCGAUUAAAGAAGAAAGCCGCCAAGUAUUUCCAGACCGACGGAAACAUAUUUCGGUAG